AUGUACCAUCACUAUCACACUUUCCAGGGCAGAAAGCUCACUGACCAGGAAAGAGCUCGCGUGCUGGAGUUCCAGGACUCCAUCCACUACUCCCCGCGGUACUCGGACGAUAAUUAUGAAUACAGGCACGUGAUGUUGCCCAAGGCCAUGCUCAAGGUCAUUCCAUCGGACUAUUUUAACUCGGAGGUGGGGACCCUGCGCAUACUGACGGAGGACGAAUGGAGGGGCCUGGGCAUAACCCAGUCUUUGGGCUGGGAGCACUAUGAGUGCCAUGCGCCAGAACCGCACAUUUUGCUGUUCAAAAGACCGCUGAACUACGAGGCGGAGCUCAGGGCAGCUACUGCUGCUGCUCAGCAGCAGCAACAGCAGCAACAACAGCAGCAGCAGCAAGCACAAUCUAUAUCGAAUGACAUGCAGGUUUCUUCACAAAUCUCCUAG